AUGAGCGCACCAGCAUACUACGAGCUCUACAGAAGAUCAACACUUGGCACAACGUUGACCGAUGCGCUUGAUACAUUGAUUUCAGAUGAAAAGAUUCAACCACAAUUGGCGAUGCGGAUUCUCCACAACUUUGAUAGAAUUAUUUCUGAACUUUUAAAGGCAGAACUGGGAAUUGCCAAGUCAAAGUUGACAUUUAAGGGUGACUUGCACACAUACCGUUUUUGUGAUGAUGUCUGGACAUUUAUCAUUAAGAACGUUUUGAUCAAAUUGACUGAUGUUUCAAGUAAUGAUAGCAAUGAUAGCGAGAUUAAUGUUGAUAAGUUUAAGAUCGUAGCAUGUAACUCAAGAAAGGCCGGAGAAUCAUAG